AUGGACUUGUCCUCCGCCCCGAUGGGCAACAGCCCUCAGUCCGCCUUGUCACUGUCAGCCACGCCCAUUGCGCUUGAGCCAGUGGCAGUGGUUGGGAUCGCGCUCAAGUUCCCUGGGGAUGCAGACACUCCGGAGGCCUUCUGGAAACUUCUCCUCGACGGUCGCUGCACCGUGACUGAUGUGCCCCCGGAUCGGUGGAACGUGAACACGUUCUACCAUCCAGACCCGGACCGCCAUGAUUCCAGUCACCAAGACAUUAUGACCUUGAAGCAGUCACUGACCGUUGCCACUGGCUAUAGAUGA